AUGCAUGUCCUCCGAUUUAUUAUCACGACUGUAUUGGCUGCAAGCAUUUCGGUUGCCAACGCAGCCGUUUUGCCGCGCCAGAUCUUUGGUGGGAACAUUCGCUGCAACGUGGCACGCCUGGGAAUAGUCAGUGCCCUCGGCGAUACCAUGGACAGUAUAUCGCAAAUUCAAGACCCAACCACGAGGGAGGCAGCGGCGGCAGGUGUCGACCAGGCCAAUUCCGGUAUACGCCAGAUUGCGUCGGCAAUCAUAUCCGGCCAGGCUCCUCCCCAGGAGGGACGAGACACCACCGAGGCCGGCUUGACUGCCGCGGGCCAGGCACUGGCAGGAGGGGAUACUUCCGAUCAAGCAGUUGCAGAGGCCCAAGAAUCCCUUGAUGACGCUGUUGCAUCUGGACAGGAUGUCGUCGCCAACUGUUAG